CCCCAGUAGUCAGUUCUGCAUGUUUUGUCAGUCCAAGCUGAUAUUAAACAAGUUAAGAUACUAAGACACCUUGGUGUCUGUGGCCCUUUUUUUGCUCUCUCUUUGAAGCCAAUCAAUAUUACGUAAACAAACAUUUAUGUUGCCAAGACUUCCUUGUUGUGCUCCCUUCCAAAUAUGUAUCUUAUUAAGAAAAUGAUAAUAUGAUGAGUUCUUUUUAUGUAUGUUGAGUUGUUGACUGUGGAUACUAUUAAACUCUCUUUAGAAUAACUCAACAAGUUCGACUUUGAUGCCGAGUGUGGUUGGUGGUUUUCCUUCCUAAACUUAGUGGUGUCAUGUGUAUAAUGAUAAAUAGUAAACCUACUAUAAUGCUCUAGGCACACACUCAAAAUACCCACAAUGAUUCAUAAACCUAUAGGAUACAUUUCCUGGAUUUUAGGCAUUUUAAACCGAGAACUCAGCUGAAUAUUACGACACAAGUUACAAGAGUUUGAGGUUGACUAAAAACAAUUGGUCUCCGCUAAAUGCGGCUGAGUCACCGGUCACAUUCAUAAUUUUUUUAAUAAUAAAUAUAUAAAAUACUUAAUUAGUACCUACGCUUGCUAUGUCUUUUUUUUCCUUGGGAUUUAAUUAACUUUUUCCAACUUUUUCUCGUAACUUUCUAAUCCCAUUAGCUAAAAAGUUAAUUUGUUUGAACUCUGAAAUGAUCAAUAUAAAAAUCCUGGCUUAAGAGAAAGAGAUCUUAUUUUCUUUCCUUAUGGUCACCACUGGCUUGCAGCUUGACCUGUGCUUUUUGAAAGUUGAUACCAAAAGUCAAGGCAAAGUGUGGGGUUCGCCUGUUUUGUGGGGUUUAUUAAUGACGUGGGUAAUUUCUUUCUAAAAUUAAUUAAUUCAAUUAAUUUAGCCUUACAUUAUUCUUUUGGUCUUUUAAGUGUUCAGCCUUCCUGCAGUGAUCAUCAAUAUUAAAUAUCAUGAUUUAGGGGGUGAACUUGUCUUUUCCAUUUCCUCCUCUUAUAAUAGAAGUUGGGGUCAUCUGUCUAAAUAUUUUCUUUCCUUAAUGUUGUGCAACAGAUCUGGUGAAAUUAAAAUAUGAUUAUUACAUGGUUUGGUGGUGUCAUCUGUGUUUCCUUAUUCUAAUGAUCAUUGAUUAUAUGAAGAAAGCUUAACAUUGCCAAAAUGUUCUGUCUCUGACUUGGUUUUCCAUUGAGAUAGUUGGUCAUUCCUUUUCUGAUGCUUAAAUACACAUUAAUGGCAUUAAAAACACAAUCACAAUAGCAGAAUGAGAGGGAUUUGACUGAUCAGCAAAACUAUGAAAAAAUCUCCAGUGUACCCGAAAAAUGAGCCAAAUGAUUACAAUGGUGAUGAAUAUGAUCCUCAUGCGGAGUUUUCUCAGUUUCUCCAAGAAGCAAAACUCAAUAAAAAGUUGAACUUUGAGAUCUCACCUGCCAAUAAAGAAGAAGCUGGAAAGAGAGAACCGGAACAAGAGAAGAAAAAGAAGAAGAAAGCAUGGAAAGCUUUACUUUUUCCAUGGUUGAAAGGUGAGAAAAAGAGCAAGUCUCACAUUGAACAAGUGACCAAUUUGACAGUUCCAAAGACAAAAGGAGGCUAUGCAUCUGGACCAGUUUAUAGCUGUGGAAUGGCUGCACCAGUUAACAAGCCUCGGCGUCCCAUGUCCGGACCUAUUGCUACUCUAUUCAAUCCUACAAGAAGAUCAGACACUGAGUUACCCUAUUUGUGUCUUGGCCAACUUGGCUGCAGCACUUCUUCUUCUACCAACGGCUACGGGCCUGUUUAUAAGGCAUGAUAGUAUAGCAGCACCAGAUGGUGGUGCUUUAGGCCAUCUCAACGAGUGUUCCUUUUGAUGGAACAGUAGAAAAAUUGGAAAUUCAAAAAUAUGUUAGAUUUUACUAUAAUGUUUAGCAUUGAAUUCUAAAUUUUGAACCUUAGCUGGGAUUGUAAUGCAUUUGAACAUUUUUAUUUGGAAUCCUAAGGCACUAAUAAGUUCAAUUCGCUUGUUUAUA